AUGACCUUUUGGUCACUUCACCAGACCCGCCGUCCUUUUAGCUCUCGCGUCUUUUCUUUACGUGGGGCCCUUGUUUCCGCACAGGGAAUCCUUGCUACGAUUCUCGCACCAACUUGCCGCGGCUCAAUCGGGGGACCUGCUGCUGCUGCUGCUGCUGCUGCUGCUGCACCUGACAUCCUUUGCAACCGCGUACUGGGCCAGAUCGAACUCGUCGCAUCCCGAAGCAGUGAUGGGUAUUUCUGGGUGCGAGCAAGGGCUGUCGAUUUGCUAACGGCGACCGGUAUCGACAAGACAGGCAACGCUCCACCAGACUACCUCAAGCGUCCGUACUAUACCUCUUGGAGCGGUGAAGAUGAGUGUUAG